AUGCACAGCGACUCACUACCUCCUUUGCCAUAUCUGGGGAACUUCGUUAAUCCGUCAGCUCAGCGUCAUCAAGGACUUCAAUCCUGGAUCAACUCCUCUCAACUACUUGCAACUAACGGACGAGACUCUACACUCCCCCCGCUCGCAUUUGCCGGUCUCCUAGGCUCGUCUGUUCAAGUGGCCCUUGCUUGUAAAGCCGAGGCGAAUGAGCGUCCACCUGCAAAAUUAGCCGAGCCACAGAGGCGAGAGCUUGCGCCAAAAUACCAAUAUGAAGUUCGCUCACAGCUUGUGGUCACGGAGGGAUUUCAACCCACCGAUUCGGUCUAUCCUUAUUUCUCGGUCACCAAAUUUUGGCGAAAGGCGAUCAAGACGGAAUUACAGCGACUGAACAAUCACUCAGAGGACCUGCGGGAACACGCGUGGGCAUUGGGUGGGCGUUGUAAUGGUUCUUCAUUGGAUGAGCUGCGAACCAGUGGAAACUCCCGUGCCCUUGUCCCAUUCACCAAUGAUACAUUCAUUGAGGCAUUCUCCGAACCA